UUUCUUCAAAAACAGCACCUUUCAUCCGCCGCCGGUUUUCCUUUCGAACUUAUUUAGUUUUCAAAAUUAAAAAAUAAAAUUAACAUGAUGCCGAAUUUAAAAAUUAAUAUGUCAACUAUUAUUUCAACACUUCAAAUGCAUAUUUUAAGAUCAUUUACUUUCGUGUUUAAUUUAAUAACAUGGCCAGCUAGAACAUUAACAUUAUUUUCCGGAAUGUUACUCAAUGUCUUGCUUAAUAAAGCAAAGUCCACCCUACAAAAAGUACUAUUUUUGUUAGUAGUUUAUACCACUCUCAUGGUGGUAGCUGUUUUAUUCUUUGCCUUAUUUUACCACGUCUAUGUGCCCACUGCUGAAAUUAAUAGGCCUGUUAAUCUAGUGUUUAGGUAAGAUUUUUGUGUAGGUCUACAUUUUAUAAUUAUAUGGGAUGCACAUUAGGCACAUUCACAUGGAAACCUGUUUCUGUUACCCAAACUUAGAUAAUAAUAAUAAUUAUGCUAAAAUAUUUUUUUAAUCCUGUGUUACUGUGUUCUUGUCUUGAUCAGUUUACACUCCAAGUUGAGGCCAUUUUAUUAAUUUUAAUUUAUAGUCAAUACUUACUAUAUGUAUAAUGUAUAAUACCUACUGCUGAAAUUGCAGUAAAUAAGGACUACUUGGUGGCUUUGCUAAGGCCUGUGACAACUAUAACCAUGCCAUCAAUCCGAAAAAAACAGAGACUUUGCACCAGCCAGCUCCAGGGAAAGCUUACAAAGGACCUAAAAUUAAAUAUCAGUGAAUGGAUAUAAUCUCCCAAGCAUUAAAAAAAAAUUCAUAUAUUUAGGCAGCACCCUCUCCAGGUCCAGGUCAGCAACAAUAGAUGAUGAGAUCAAUAACCAAAUUUUCAAAGCAAAUGUUGCAUUUUGAGGGCUCCGAAGUGUGUGGGAGUGAAGGGGUCUCAAUCUUGUCACUAAAUUGAAGGUAUAUAGUAUAGGGCUAUUGUAUUAACAUCGCUCCUAUAUGCUAGCCAGAAGUGGAAAGUGUACAGUACAGCAGACAUGCUAGACAGUGCUAACAUAUCCACAUAUGCUGCCUAGGGGCCAUCAAAAAAUGACAUCACACGUCUAAGGGGGAGGAAGGGUCACAUUUUUGUGAUGAAGGGAGGGGGGUUAAAGCAAUGUGACGUAACAUUAAAAGUGGAACAUUAUAGUAAAAAAAUGCCCUUAAUUUAAUUAAAUGACAGACCUUUUUAACCAAAAAUUAUAAUUAUUUUAUUUUUGAACUACGAUCACUGAGAUGGUACAGAUAUGCAAGGUAUGAUAAAUGGCAUCUGAUCAACUUGCAGGACACCAAGGAGGAGGAGAAUUGGGGUGUAGUGACUUUGACAGUCGUGAGAAUUAAUGUCAAAAUGUGGAGAUGGGAAUAAUAGAAUUGGGGCUACCAUGGGAGGUGAGAUGGAAUGAAAAAUGGGGGGUGAUUUUAGUAAAUGUUCUAGGACAGGGAUUCAUAAAUAUUUAGCAGUGCUGCAUCCCCUCUCAACUUCUAAACAUUUCCCCGCAAACACACACCCCCUCACACACACACCAUAUAAAUUAAAUAGUAAUACAAUUUAUUUGUUGUCGUUUUAUUUGUUAAAUUAACUUUGUAAACACAAUAAAAAGUAUAACCAAUACCAGUAGGCCUAAUGUGCAAACAAAAUUAACCAGAAAAAAAAAAAAGUACUUCUGGCAGAAACAACUUGCAAAGGCAGCAAAUGAAAUUUAUUUUAUUCCUAGUCUUCCGCAGUUUCACCCCUGUUAAAGCGCAUCUGUUCUAGGGAAAUGUUUCUGACACAGGUGCAGUAAUUCGAUAUCCAUGGGAGGUGAUUUUUGUAAGUGUUUGUAAAAGACAGUAGUGGACAGAUGUUUUUUUAUUAUUAUUCGCUGCAGAGGUUUGUGAUGUUAUAUGGGGGGGGUCUAACGUUUUGUGACAAUGGGGAAUGGGGGGGUAAAAGUUGGCAAAAUUUGCAUGAUGUCAUUUAUGGAUGGCCCCGUAAACUUCUUGGCAUAAUAAAGCAGGACAAAGUCCCAGAUAUAGAGGUCCUACAAAGAGCCAUAUGUAUCAGCAUCCACACACUUCUACGAAAAGGACAAACCAGAUGGGCAGGGAAUGUCACGAGAAUGCCAGACAACUUAUGUUCUGUGAACUUCAGUGGGAAAGGCUCAGUUGGAUGGCAGGAAAAACGUUUCAAGGACUGUCUAAAAGCUUCACACAAAUCCAAUUACUUUGAUUCGUGGGAGACACUUGCCAUGUACGUUGCAAGCUGGCGUGACAGACUCACUCAUUGUCUCAAAUGCUACUAGCACCCAAAACAACAUGUGUCCCAUGUGCUGGAAGCUUUCCAGGCACAAAUAGGACUGGCAGGCCAUCUGCAUGCUCACCAUGUAAUAUAGCCUUGGUCAUCUUCACAUGCGAAGGAUGAACAACACUUACUGCCCUCAGUAACACAACCACCCAGUAGCUAGAGUUUGUGGUAUUGUCACUUGUGAUGCCUGAAAAUGUGUUUGUGUGGGGGGGGGGGGGUCUUUGAUUUAGUCAACCCUGACGCAUGAAAACCACAAGACAUAAAGAAUACACAUCUAUCAUAAUCCAUACAUACAUCGUAUAAGUGACUAUAAGGAGUGGACAAUUGAGGCUAACCUACUGAGGUACAAAAAUUAUGUUUAUAUAUUAUUAACGCUACUUGUCAUUUAUUUUUUGAGUACCGGUAAUUUACUUUGAAAAGUUUUCCCAAACUGGCCAUACUAGUAGAAGUUGAUUUGAAUAGACACUUUUGAAUUUUAAAAAAUAUGAAUAAUUGAAAACCCAAAGCUGUAGGUUGAAAAGCUAGUAGUUGUUGGGAGUGGAUAGCAGUUGCUAUUGUCUACAAAAAUUUUAAACAAUAUCAAAAUAGUUGCAUUUCCCAUUUUCAUCUAUUUCAGCCUCCUUAGAUUAUAUGUAACUAUGACUCAAUGUAAAACAUUGUUAAAUGAAGAGUUUUCAGCCAACCUUUAUGUUUGUUGUUUAUAAAUCCUCAACUUGACAUAUAUUUGCACAAAUGUCCAUAUUGUGUGUCAUGAAGCCUACGUCAGAAAGGAUGUCACUCUGAAGGCUACUUAUCGUAUUAAUAUAAUAAUUUAUAAUGAAUUCAUUAAUUGAUUAUUAUUUUUUAAAAAAAAUGAGUUACAAAAUGUAUACCCAAAAGCUACAAUAAUGCAAAAAAGGGUAGCCUAGAGGUCGUAGACCUCACAUGGGCACAAUACUAACAACUGAGGGACACAAUACUGACCUCUUAGGGUCAUUCACAGUUUUAUGCAAAUAGUUAUAUGAAGAAAAAAUAUUAUAAUUUGGGUGUGCCACCUAUUAGAUGAUGAGUAUCUGUUUUGCAAAAUUAAAGCAAUCGCAACCAGUAGACUUCAAAAUUAAUGCCCACAGAAGAACAUCAUAAUGGUAAAAACAACAUCCUAGAGCUAAUGUCCUGCAUAUGUCUGUUUUUCUCAUACUUCUAUUAUCAGUGGCAAUAACUAUGCAUAGCUUCUCACAGCUAAGACUUGUAUAAAAUUGUGAAUGCUCUUCAACGCUGAGAGAGGCUAUGUGGCUUAGAUAUCAGUUUAACAUGCGUGGCAUCAUCACUUGAUUUUGAUGAAUUGGUCACAAUAUAUGCUAAAGAAAAUGCAUGCAGAGGUAUAUUUUGAUUUGCAUGAAAUUGAAUCUUAAAUAAGAAGGUUUUCAUAGUUUAGUUAUUUUGUGUUUGUUCAAGAUGAUUUAAGAGUGUGGAGAUUUAAAAAAAUGUUGUAUUUGUAAAAGAUAUUCAAAGAUUGAUUAUGACUUUUGUAGGAAAGAUAUUUGGUUCUCUUACUCUUAGAGUUAGAAAUUUAAUUUAUUUUAACUUCAUGAGGCGGUUGGGUAUAACUAUAAAGCGCACACAACUGGCUGCUUUACCUAGGGCACAGGCCCUACCUUAUGGCAAAGAUGUACUUUGUAUAAAACCUGUUCAAAGCCUUUUUCGUCUUCAUGUUGUUAGUCCGUCGAAGUCGACUAGGACCAUCGGAUCAUCCAAAGGUUAGGGGGAGGUUGGGUUACGGUGAGCACGUAGGUGGCUUGCUAGACCGAUCCGUGCUUGGAAUAAUCUUUGGCAUCGCGGGCAGGGGAUAGUUGCCUCAGACGAUGACGUAAUGUUGCUCUUUCGGGCAAGCCUGUGUGUCUCAGCUGUGGAUAUCCUAUUAGCUUCAUGGGAUUUAGCCCCUUUCUUGACAGAAGCUCUUCACCUGGCUCUGCCCUGGGCUGUCUGCAUCCAUUGAGUAGGGUUUAUGCUGAAGGCCUUUAGUGCCACUUUCUUUGUAACGCUUUUUUUUACCUCCUUGGGAGCGCUUGCCAAUCGUGAGUUCUCCGAAGAAUAUCUGUUUUGUGAGCCUUCCAUACGGGCUACAUGUACCAUCCAACGGAGCUGAGACUGCAUCAGAGUGGUGAAGAUACUAGGUAGGUUCGCUCUAGCGAGGACCUCGGUGCCACCUGAUGCCGAGGAGUUUCCUGAGGCAGGUUGUGUGAAAAUGAUUCAGUUUCUUUGCAUGACGCUGGUAGACUGUCCUCGUUUCACAUCCGUAGAGCAGCGUCGGGAGGACUGCUGCGCUAUAGACCUUGAUCUUCCUUUCUCGUCUGAUACCUCUCCUGUCCCAAACAGAGCUGCGGAGCCUGCCAAAUAUGGCACUAGCUUUUGCGAGUCUGCCAUUCAUUUCAUCCUCCAUGACGACAGAUCUAGAGAGGGUACUGCCCAAGUAAGUAAAUUUAUCCACCGGGUUGAGACGCUGUCCACUGAUGAUGAUGUUGGGUUCAACGUAAGGCUUACUGGGAGCUGACUGAUAACAUCACCUCAGUCUUCUUUGUGUUGAUUGUGAGGCCAAAGUUAUUGCAGGCCUCCGAGAAGAUAUCAACGCUGUGUUGCAUGAAGGCUUCUGAGGGAGCCUUGAGGGCACAAUCGUCUGCAAACAGAAGCUCGAUGAUGGUGUUAUGUUUGACUUUGGUUUUAGCUUGAAGCCUCCUAAGGUUAAAUACUGAUCCAUCAGUGCGAAACUGGAUUGGCAAGCCCGUGGUGGAGUCCUUGAACGCAUCAGACAGCAUUGCGGAAUACAUAAUACAGAAGAGUGUGGGAGCAAGAACACAACCUUGCUUUACACCGUUUGUGACGGGGAAUGCUUGAGAUGAUUGACCGUUGUCCUGCACUCGGGCCAUCAUGCAGCUGACAGAUGAUGUUGGUGAACUUGUCUGGGCAUCCGUGCUUCUUCAUGAUUUUCCACAGGCCACCUCUAUUGACCCUGUCAAAGGCCUUAUUCAAGUCGAUAAAUGUAGAAUUUAGUUCUGUAUUUUGUGCCUGGCAUUUCUCUUGAAGCUGUCUACUAGCAGCAAACACCAUAUCGAUGGUUCCGCGUUUUUUGCGGAAACCUCAUUGACUUUUGGGUAGGAGACCUAGCUCCAGAUGUGCAUUCAGGCGGUUCAGAAGGGCUCGGGCCAAGAUCUUGCCUGCAAUGGACAGUAGUGAAAUUCAGCGGUGAUUGUCACAGGCCUGACGGUUUCCUUUGUGUUUGUACAGGUGAAUAAUUGAGAUCCUUAAGGUCUUGUAGUACAGUUUCAGUCUUCCAGAUGAUCUGGAAUAGACGCAAUAGCUUAUCCGUCAGCGCUGAUCCACCCUCUUUGUAGAUUUUGGCAGGAAUCAUGUCGGGCCCAGGUAAUUUGCCAUUGGACAUUUGGUACACAGAAAACCCAGCAUGGAAAAACUCAUAUAUAUAUAUAUAGUAAGCUUUUGCCAGUUAUAUUGUGCUUAAAAUAAGCAUGAGGAAGUGUUUCGGGAUGUUGGUAUUAUUUUAUAAAAAAUAAUUAUUAAUUUUUGAGGUGAAUGAAAAUGUUUUGAUUAUUUAAAAAAAUUACUACUCAUUUAUAAUGCCAAUAAAGAAUGUGUUUUUUUCUCAUUCAUUCACCAGUGUUUGCUCAUCAGGUGUUGGAAUUUGUUCUUUCCCUUCUGGAAAUGCAACGUUCUGGAGUGAGGAUGGAACUUUUCAAGAAGUAUAUAUUUUUCAUAUUUCAAAACAUUAUUACAGCUUAAUUUAGUUUUAAGAGCACAUUUAUUUUUAGGUUUGAUCAACUGGGCUGUAAUAAAAUGCUAUUUUACUUAAUUUUGUUAAUAGUUUUCUAUACAAUUUAAUUAUUGCUCUGACUAAUUGAGUUCAGUUUAAUUAAACGUGGGGAUUUUAGGCAAAGUUAAAUCUUGCGUCUUCAGGAGGCUCUAAAAUUUCAUUCAUAAUUUAUAAUUAAUCUGAUAGAUGUUUAUCUAGAUGUUAAUUUUUAUUGUUUUUUUUUACCUCAAAAGAAUUGUGGGUUAAGUUGUUAAUGUAUGUUAUUCCUUGAUUAAUAUAUCCCCCCACCCCCGGAUACACAGCAAUAAAUGUAGCCUGAUUAUUUAAUGUAACAUCCAUCAUAAUUUAACCUUAUUCAAUUUUCCCUGCCAGGUUUUAGGUUUAGGGCAACCGUACACUGUAAUUUUGGAGUUGGAAUUGCCAGACUCACCCACUAACAGAGAUUUAGGUAUAAUAAUUGAAACAUUAAAACAAUUUCUCUGUAUGCUUUUCUUUAUUUCUAUUUGUCUAAUUUACACUGUUACUCAAACAAAAAUUUUUUUUAAAUUUAGAAAUACCGGUAUUGUAUAAAAAUUAUUUGUUGUCAUGACUAUGGUUUUUCUUAUUUUGAUGAAAAUGUAAAAUAUUUUUUGUCUCUUUUCAAGAAAAAUCAUAUAAUUAAAACAAAAAACUUACUUAUAAAAAAAAAAAGCAAUAUCAAGAUAUUAUUCGAUAGUGGCUUCAAAGGUAUUAAAAAUAGCAUAUGGGUGGGCAUAAUUAGACUGCAUGGCAAAUACAUGAUAAUAAAUGGAUUCAAGGUGUUAAAAAUUUAGCCCACAAAUUAUUUCCCAUGCUUUUUACUCUCUCUCUAUCUGGGUAUUUUUCACUUCCUCUCUUUACCUCUCUCUAUCAUAUUAAUGGAGAAAGUAUGUUUAUUAAUGUAGCCGCAUGUGAUGAGACAUCUGAGAGUUUUAAAUGUAUAAAUAUGGGUUUAUAAACUCAAGGAAAUGUAGGAUUUGAGGACUAUGACCUUUAAUUGGUACUUAGAGUGUUGUAUAAAUGGAGUGGUAGAAGAAAAUCCUAAGUAAAAGUUCAAAGCAAAAGGAUCCUAAGAAAAAUUGUAAGAAAAAGGACCAUACCCAUACCUGAAAAGAUACAAAUAGUAUAGGUUAACAAUAUCCUAAUAUUGAAUAACACAGCAAUAAAUAAAGGUUAUGACUAACUGUUAACUAACAAUACAGAUGCAUGAUGAACACAUACUUCCAGUUAUACAAAUGGCAAUUGAAAUUAUUAUUUUAAUAAUGAGAUAAGAUAAGAUUCUUUUAUUGAUCCAAAUAAAUGGAAAUGUGUUUUGAUUGCACUGUACAUUUUCAGAACAUAAAAAAAAAAAUGUUGAGUUAUAAAAGAAAUCAUGUGGCAGGGUUUAACUUGUAGCAUGCACCCCGUCUUACAUUCAGAAUCAGAACCGAGGUCUAACAUACAGGUCUAGAAAUUACUAUUGUUUCGGUACUGUCGUUCAUGUAUGGUGUCUACGUAAAGUGCACCCAUAGCAGGACAUUUAUAUAAUAUAACAACCCUUAGUUUAAUACUUGUGGCAUCAAUGAAUCGCUAUGUCUCAUCAAGACAAAAGUGCAUUGCAGUGUGUCUAAUUAUAUUAAUACCAGUACAGGUGGUAAUAUUAUCCUAGCCCAUGUACCAUUUCCUAUGUGAGAAUGUAGCACAUGGCAGGAUAGUUAGUCUACCACACAUAUUUUACCCUGGUACUGUUGUGUCAGUAGCUUAUAAGAACAUUUCAAGAUGUGUAACCAGAACGAUAUAACGGUUGGUGUUAUGCUCACAUACACACUGGUAUCUAAUUCCAUUUAAGUAUUCAGCGGAGGGCUUUAUGUUCAACAAUCACAAUAUCAUGGUUACAAAUCAAUUUGACAGAGCUAACGUGAUUCAAACACUGCCUAAUAAAAGUAAUGAACAGAAAUCUUCCAUUACUAACACCUAACGAUUGAAUUCUACAAACACAAAAAUAUAAAGCAUAUUUGGUUAUACUUACAAAGUGUCCAAAUGGUGACGUUGAACAAUGGCGCACUUUAGGGAUGCGAUAAAACUAUGAAUGCCAAAAACACAUUGGCGCGUUCACUGUAAAUAGGGUUGCGUGAACCUGCCAGGGAGCGUAGGUAAUGUAAGCUGAUGGUACGGUCUGCCUGAUCGACAUUAUUCAAAGUUUUAUCUGUUUUUUAUCCUUCACGCAGGCAUGUUUAUGGUGUCAUUGAAGAUGUAUGACAGAGAGGGUCUCAUUUCUUUAACUUCACAUAGAUCAGUUAGUACAAAAUUUUAUCUCAAUGAAUUUCAUUUCCUAGAAUAAUUUCACUGAUAAAUUGUUUUAUCUUUUGUUUUCUGUUCCUGUGUCCUCAUCCAAUGAAUUAAUUUUGUGUGUGUAAAUGGUUUGUUCAAAAAUAGAGUACUAAAGGGCUCUAUGUAAAUUUUUUUUAAAAUGUAGGAUUCACGAUUUUAUCCUGUCAAAUGACAUAAUGUCUUACUUAAUUACUUUAUAUUGCUAAUUAUGACAUUACAUGUUUUUAACAAUUAUUUUCAUAAUUUUUUAAAACAAACCUUGACAUUUUUGUUUUGUCUUUCAUCAAGGCACUGUUGAAAUAUAGAUCAAUUAUCUCUCGAGUUAUUGAUCUCUUUGUUUGGAGUCCAUUUUACUUCAUUGACUUUUGGGAUCAGAAGCAGACUCUAAAGAUUAAUAUGUUCUCCCAUUAUGUGGAUGAUUAUGUAUGUACAUAUUUCUAUAAUUAUUUAUAUCUACUUGUAUUCCUCAUGUCUUAGUUAUCACAAUUUAUUUUAUAAUUCUAUUAUUAGAAACAAUUGUUUUAUUUAUGCUUCCUGAGUGAAAAAUCCUCAAUUAACAACUGCAAAAGACUUAAAAUAUGUUUACUCUAAGAAUUUAGAUAUUUGAUGUUCAAUGUCAUAGAUGGAGUGCAGUAGCACAUGUAUGUAGAAUUCUAUGUUUUUUCUUUUCCUUGUAUUACAGUACCACCCAUCAGUAGGUGCAGUGGUUGAGGUUCACAGCCAUAAGAUAGAAAUUUACUCCUCAACACUCAAAUUUUUUGCCAAGCUAACUGGCAUGAAGUAAUUCAAAACUUUUCUAAAAAUAGGCUUGUUAUACUUAAUACUGACUUUGUAAUUAAAGACAUUUUUAACUUUUUAACUUCAAGUUCGUAACUUUCUAUGUCAGUAAAAUUGGAUUUGAAAUAUUUUAAUUCCCCUUUGUUCUUUUUUAACAUUGGAUAUAUUUUUAAACUUUAUUUCUUCUUUCAGGUACAUUCUCUACUAUUGGCCCAUACUGAGUGCCGCUCUGGCAGUUUUCUUCAACACCUCUAUUCUGGCCUUAGGAAUGUUAGUGGCUUGGCUACAAAAGAAUGAGACAUUAAAAAGAAUAGCAGAAGUAGUGCAACUAUCUGAUGACAAACAAAUAGUGCCAGGCAAACCUUCCAAAUCAACUGUAACAUCCUUUACAAUGACUGAAGAUCUUAGUAUGCAUUUAACAGAUACUUUUUUUUUUAUAAUUAGAGUAGCUAAAAUCUGGUUUUCUUAUAUCUGUAAAAACAAGUUAUUUAAAGAUUAGCAGUUCCUUUGGUAAAUGUUACUAACAGAUUUUGGUCUUGCUUGUGUCUUAUUAAUUUCUAGAGAAUAAGGAACACCAGCAAUUUUAACUGUAGGUAUAACGUGCAGCAUGUGUCUCUUUCAAUAAACAAAAUUUCAGUAUGUGUAUGGUCAUGAUUUGGGCAUUUUUAGCCAGAUAUGUCCUGACUUGUAAAUUAUCUUCAUCUGUGACAGUGUGCAAAUAUACAAGGAAGCCAGAAGGAAAGCCACAAAAAUGUGUAGGAAGAAAAAAAAAAAUGGGGAAUGGGAAAAAGCUGAACUAAAAGAAAUUGAAGACUUAUCGAGAGGGAAAUAUUAGAUGAGUGAACAUGAAGAUAAAAGACAAAUAGAAAGGAUACUAAGCAAGAACUCAAUGUGUGAGAGCCAUUAUGGAGAAUUAAUUAUGGAAAAUAGUUAAGUACCUGGUACUGAAGAGGUGAGCUCAAUAUUUUGAGGGCAUACUAAAUGCAGACAAUGGGCAAUAUGAAGAUUAUCAACCACCACAUGGAGGACCAGACCCUUAAUAAACUCCCCAACUUUGGAAGCAAUUAAUUCUAAGAAAAAGCGCAAAGCCCCUGGAGAAGACCUCAUCACAUUAAAUAUGGAGGAAGAGAGCUAUUAAAUUUGGUGGAUGAGAACUACACACUCAGACACAUAAACUUAUAACUAAAAUUUGGCAAGAAGAGAAAAUUCCAACAGAAUGGGAAACAGAAAUAAUUAUCCCAAUACAUAAGAAAGGUUCCAAACUUCAAUGCACAAACUACAGAGGAAUUUACCUAUUAAAUGUUACAUAUAACAGAAUACGGACAAAACUAAUUGCCAAAAGACUACAACCUUACACUGAACAAAUACUGGGAGACUACCAAUGUGGAUUCAGACAAAACAGAUCAACGACUAGUCAGAUUUUCACUAUCAACUGCCUAUUAGAGAAAUGUUACGAAUACAAUAUUAUUAUUAUUAUUAAGGUGGUUUUAUAUAGUGCAGUACCCCAGCCCAGGGCUAGGCCUACUACGCUUCACAUAAAAAUUAGCAAUUACAGAAAAUUGUACAUUUAAAAAGAACAAUUGGUAAAAAGCUUGACCUCAUCCACCCAAGUACUUUCUACCCCUGUCUAGCCAUGGACAGCACCCAGCAGGUCAACUAAAUAUGAACUAUAAAAUGACCUAUGAGAGCAUCUAAAGAAAAUAUUUUUAUUGGAAUGCAGGAUUUUUGACAUACCCAACAAACUGACAAGACUGAUAUAUGUACAACUCAAAAAGCAAAAAUCGAGGUUCAAGGAAAAUAUUCAAAGGAAUUUCAGAUUAGACAAACCUUAAGACAAGGAGUUCACUGUCUUGUAUGCUAUUUAACCUAACAUUAGAAAGAGUUAUAAGAAACAUAAAUAUUGACAACAGAGGAACAAUAAUGGAUACUUUCUGAUGGAAACCCAAGACCCACAACCAAUAGGCACUCUCUACAACAAACUCCUCCAGUAUCUUGCAUAUGCUGAUGACAUAGAAAGACAAAGAAAACUAUACAUAAAACUGUUAUCAGACCAGUGAAAACUUGAACUCUAACAAAAACAGCAGAAAACUCAUUAAACACAUGGGAGAGAAAAGUUCUCUGUAAAAUUCAUGGACCAACAAAGGAUGAAUAUGGAUGGAGAAUACGAACCAACCAGGAAUUGUAUAGACUAGAUCAGGAUCCCAUGAAAAAAGGUCAGGCUAUGCUGGGCAGGACACUUAAAAAGAAUGCCAAAGGGUGCACCACCAAAACCCCAGUGAAAGCAUCUGAAAGGCAGACCCAGGCUUAGAUGGAUGGAUAAUGUGGAAAAAGAUCUACAACUGGGAAUCCAAACAUGGAAAAGAAAAGUAUCAGAUAGGUCUGAGUGGAAGGAAGGGGUGAGGCAGGCAAAAGCCCUACUUGGGCUGUAGCGCCAAAGGGAUGGAAUAUGAUAGUAUGUAUACUAUCAAAAAAAUUUUUGUGUGUCUACUAAAUCCUUGAAUUUGUUUGAAUUUAAUUUGUUUCUGAUGCAUUAAAGUAUUUUUUAGUAGGACCUCGUUUUGCAACAAGAUGAACCAGUUAUUUCCUUUGGUUUAACUGUGGCUUCUAUUAGGGUUUUCUUCUUUUAGCCUUUUAUUUUUCCCUCCCCCAAGGCAUUGACCCUAUUUAUUCAAGGGUUAGCCUGAUAGAACUGAUGUGGACAUUUCAUCAAAUCAGUUUGAAAUGUUUGUCUUUUGUAUUACUAAUUCUACCACUCAGCCCCUUACAGCAGAGAAAUAAACACAAUGGGAUUCCACUAAUUCUACCACUCAGUCCCUUACAGCAGAGAAAUAAACACAAUGGGAUUCCACUAAUUCUACCACUCAGCCCCUUACAGCAGAGAAAUAAACACAAUGGGAUUCCACUAAUUCUACCACUCAGCCCCUUACAACAGAGAAAUAAACACAAUGGGAUUCCACUAAUUCUACAGCAGAGAAAUAAACACAAUGGGAUUCCACUAAUUCUACCACUCAGCCCCUUACAACAGAGAAAUAAACACAAUGGGAUUCCACUAAUUCUACCACUCAGCCCCUUACAGCAGAUAAAUAAACACAGGGAUUCCUCUUAAACAUGAUAUUCUGUAAUCCUGGAAAUUAUGGAACAGUUUUCCUCAGUCUUUGAGGAAUUUAAAAAUGAUAAAAAAUCUAUUAAGACAUUUUUCUUGAAAUAGAGUUUAUAACAACAGAGCGCUUUGAGCAUGCCAGAAUAGCAUGGACACAAGCGCUAUACAAGUAAUCAUCAUCUACUAUGAUUUUUCCCUUGCAUGAAAUUCUAUUAAAGACAAUGAGAUUUUGUUUUCUUCUUCUUCUAUAUCUUAAGGGCCCACGAUCAAUUUAUUGAUAAUUUUGGCUCCUAUUUUUUUCUCUACUCCAUAGAUACUGACAACAAGGAAAUAGAUGAUCCUAGAAAUGUUGAUGAUCAACUUGUGCAUGAACCACUUGAUGAUGAUGGGAUGGACUUUGUGAAUGAACUGAGACAGAGGAGAAUUAACUAGGUCACAAUACUUAUGUUCUAGGGUGUCUAAAACAAGGCCUAAGCCUGUGUGUAGUCCACCAAGUCAUAUUCUGUUAACUGCGAACCGCUCUGCGACUUGUUAAAAUUAAAUCUUCAUUGUAAAGCUAGAAGAAAAAUUGUAUAAUUCUUGUUUAAGUUUGCAAUUUUAUAGCUUUUGAAAUACAGUGCAUAAAAGUCUACAAAAAUGGUUUGUCUACUUGUCUUAAAAUCUUGCAACCCUUGUCUUAACUUUUAUACUUCAGCAAGGUUUUAACAACAUUUAAUUAAUGCUUAUGUUUAUUACCUGGUGCUUUUUUGAUAAAACAAUUUUCCAGUUGUUAUGUUUAUAACUCUUCUGUAAGAUUACUGGUCUCUGUUCAUCUGUACAGUAUUUUUAAAGAUAAUUUUUGUUUCUGUAGUACAUUGUUAGAAGAGUUUUGUUAUAGUUGAUUGUGAGGGCAGGAUAAUCAUUCUGCACUAGUGUUUUUAAUACUUUGAUAGUUUUUUAAAAUGUAAAGAUUAACUUUGAUAAAAUCAAUAAUUCAACUUGCUUGUCGAUAGCGAUGGGUUGUUACUGUGAAUAUUUGAUGUCACAUUAGUGCUUUUUCAUGGUCUGCUGAUCACAAAAACUUCUGUUUCGGGGAAGGUCUUUGUUGUUAUAUAUAUUUGAUAAAUUGGUGUUGAAGAAAAUGUAAAUUAAAAAAAUUUUGAUGUAAGUUCAACCACGAAGCAAGCUGUACAGAGUAGUGAAUAUUUUAAUCCUUAUUGUAGUUAUGGAAUGUAGUUUGUCAUAAGUUAUGAGAUGUCUGUAAUUAUGAAGGAUGUUGUGAAAUGUUUUUUGAUUGAUGCAUUCCUGGGAUUGUGUAUGGUGGAAGAAAUGCAUUUCGGGCCAUGGGAAAUGCCUGGAUCUGGAGACACAGGUGGUCCAAGGAAAGUAUUUUGGGUAUGAACAGGUUUGUUUACUGUUGUUUUUGUUCCAUUGGGAAUCACCGAAUUACAACUUACACAUCAUUCAUCAGAAGAUGGAUGCACCAAGGUUGUGGCCUUAUGCGGAGAUGUAUGGCGCUGCUACGGAACGCCCAUUCAGUCAUGAGUCUGCUCUUACAAAAGGGUUAUGGCCUUGGAUGUUGAUUUUCACAGACUGCUCUCAAAGGUUUGUUUCCAACUUGACGCCCCCUGAGAGUAAUACCUCGGCUUGUUGUUAGAUAUUGUUGUGACAGAUAUUGUCAUUUUGUCAAUAUGUAAACAUUCGGUAUGACAUUAUGGUUUCAUUAAUCCAAAAUAUAUUAAAAUUAAAUAAUUCAAUUUGUAAAAAAUAAAAAAAAAAUUUUAGUCAGUUAUACAUCUCACAACAUUAGACUUUAUUUGUUUGAAUAAGCAAACUGUAGAAAGAGCAUAUAAAAACAACAACUUAGGAAGCACAUGAAAAAAAGCAAGAUAUUGAUACAAUGAUGAAUGUAAGUCAGGCAGUCGUACUUUAAAAGUGUUUGUAAUCUUUCAGAUGUAAAAUUAAAGAAAAUGACGUUUGUACCUUGAACUAAUUUGUGUAUCAAAUUUAAGCCAUAUUUGCAUUUAAUUUCAUCAUUUUAAUAAACAUGGUGCUUGACAGAGACAAAGCACUGGUAAAUGCUUAACAAAUAAAUCUGUGUGCACUAGCAACUGUUAGAUGUUGACCUUUAUGCAGCAUUAACAACGUUUUGACCAUAAUUUGUCUUCCAAACUCUUUUGUUUUUAAAUUAAAAUUUAUUGCAGAGUUUUUGCACCUUUUUUUCUACCUGGGCUGAUUAAAUUGUGUUUGUUCAUCCUGCUCACCUCUCUUUACAAAUAUUUGUCAAUUUCAAGAUGUGGUUUUACACAUUUGAUAGUUUGCAAAUUCAGAUAUUGGCAGGAGCUUAAUUCAUUCAAAGGAGAAUAAUUUAAUGACUUUGAUCAAACGGUGCAUGUGAUGUUUUAAGGUGAAGUUAAGUCAAGCAAUCUAUCUAAGGUCUUAAUGGGUUAUGCAUGAGUGUUGCAGAAAAGGUUUCCUCUUACAACUAACCACUGAAUCUCUGACCUCUAAGGAUUCCAUAACAUCAAAAUUGGCAGUUACUAAAUAACUUUAAAAAUCUACUACUUAGUCAUAGUCUAUUGGGAAAGUGUGAUGACAUAUUCAUCCACAAUUUAUUUCCAAGCUUGCAUUCUCUGCAGGCACCACUUGUCAUAAUUUUCACAACUUUCCAAAUUCCAGUAGAUUCAAGUCUUAUGCAAUAUUUUUUCUUUUUCCCUGGUAAUUUAAGAUGUCUGUUAGCUUCAUUGGUUAAUAUUAUUUAUUUUGUUCUUUUUUUUUUUUAAUGAAC